UAAUAUUAAUCGAUCGGCAGCCGAGCGCAGCGCAGCGCGUGGUGCAUCCCGUCCGUCGUCGCAUCUCACGUCGACAGCCGACAGCGAAUCCGUGCGGGAUUUCCCACGUCUCGACGAUCACAGCGAGGAGACCGUUCCGUCGUCCGCGCGAAGGGAGACAGCUUCCUUCCCCAUCCCCAGGGAGUGACUCUUCCAGGUGACACCCCGAAGCACUCUUCUCGCGUUCGCGAUCACGCUAGAGAGAACCCCAAGAACUCGCGAGAGAGGCUAUCCCUCGUGAAAGUAAACUCGUCGAUAGUCUGCUUAUUGAUUUCUCUCCUCAUCUCUCUCUCUUCCUCUCUCUUUCUCUUGCUCUUACUCUCCUUUUCUCUCUUGCUCUCUCGUGGCCCCUGCCUACAUCAUUUUGAUAUUUCCACAUUUACUUUGAAUCCUCCAUCCUUUCUUUUAACUUUACGUAAAAUACAUACCGAUCUAACGAAUACAUAGAAACAUGUUACUACUUGUCUAUUUUAUGUCUGUUUUCUUCUCUCUUUCUUUCUCUCUCUUCUAUAUUUUCAAAUUGUAUUCGUUCAAGUUUGUCCUUUUCACGUAUUGUCCGACAACUUGUGAAAAACUUGGCUCAAUGUACAUGAUAAAGUCUCCUCUCUCGUUCUCUCUCUCCUUCCCGCUUUCUGUCAGACGUAAAAACUGCGGGCAUGAUCGCCUGGCCUUUCAUUCACUCGAGCUCACUUUCUGCGUUUCAUGCGACGCCGUGGAGUCGUCGUGACGUAGGCGACCAUGCUCUGGCCCUCUUCCGAUCAAUUCCCCGUUCGACCAUUUGUCCGUUUCACGUCAUCCUCGUCCUCACCUCGCAUCCUCGGUGUUUUAAAACUUCACGAAGAAUCGCCCUGCGACACGUAAAAAUCCCUUCGCGCAAAUUUUUCAUCGAUCAUCAACGUUAAAAAAAAAAGAAAGAGACGAGACAUAGGCCGAUAAGUUAGUUCGCUGUCGUGCAACACCCAGCUGAGUAUCGACCUUCAUAAUCGGGCGUGAUAACUGUCGGAGAGCGACUUUCAUAGAUCGUCUCUCCGAACGAAGAGCCGGUACAAUGUGCAACGCCAUAAUUGGCUCAUCUUUGGACAAGCAACAAAUUUAAAUUAUUUGUUCUUAGACAAACAAAAGAUUAAGUUAGAGUAAAAUACAAAUCAAACGAUGUGGCACGAUGCUCGCCGUCAAGUAUUUCAGCCUUCCGUACAAUUUUCAUUUAAUCUUGCAUCUCAAUUAUAGAUCCACUCGUAAUUGGUUUUACAAAGUUAAUCGAACUUUACGUUACUGACUUAUUAUCAGUUUCGAUGGUGGAGAGUCGUUGCGACAUAGCCGUCAGCUGAACGAAGUCUCGAAGGGAACUCGAUUGCUCGUAUUACCCCGACGUAGGCGCGCCGGGCGGCUGUUCAAAGACUUCGCCUCUUUUACGCUAACGCGCGUGCUUCUGACGUAAACGGAGGCUCCAUCUUCCGUCGCCGUUCAUUCUACGGAUGCACUGAAAUCGAAACUACGUAACUACGCGCGGGGCGAACGGGAACGCGAGAGCACACGAGCGCGAGCGUGGGCGGGCAACCGGGCAUGACAAUCGAUUUGCCUCCGAAAAUAUUUUUGCUCCCCUCGCUUGCUCCGCCAUCGGAAAUCAAUGGCAUCGAGCGCGGCUUCGCUCGGAUCGGAGGCGUCCGCCGAUGGCGAUAAUUGCGAUCCGACUCGAUGUCGCGAAUCGGGUUACAGGUCAAGAGAGAUGAAUAGGCCCCUUUCAUUCAUUUCAUCCUCGCAAAAUCCGACUCCAGUUCCAGUUUUCAGAUUUUAUCGCGGACGCUCGCUAUGCAUUUCGCCAUUUACGUAUGUUGCACUCUACGGGAGAGCGGAUGCCGCGUGGGAUUUAAUACGAGUACCCCUCGUGUUAAUUUCCGCAGGCUUCAAUGAUUCUUUAAAUAAAAACGCAAAAUCUGGAGAACUUAAUUAACCGACAUGCGAAGCGAUAGGGUAUCGAGAGCAAAAUUGUUGACCAGCGAGAUACAGCGCUAUCAACCGAGAUUGAUAAUAAAACUGAAAUUCGCAACUUCGAACGAAAGCGAAGUUGCCAAGAAGAAAUGGACUUGUCCCGUCGUCGCCGUCGCCGUCGCCGUCGCCGUCGUCGUCGUCGUCGACGUCGUUGUCGUAGUACCAUCGAUUUCCGUAUCUACUUGACCUCCGUAGAACGCGCGACGCUUCAAUCAUCAUCUGUCCAACGAGACACGUACAAUUACCUACCACCAUCCGUCACGGAAAUCGUCGUAACACUGUAGAACAAUGCUCGCAGGUGGUGCGCGUACCUGCGCUUUUCUUCCUUUUCUUUUUUUCCUCCUCUACGAGAACCGACCGUUGUUAACGUUGACAUGACAUACGGUGCCGAUAUCGUUAUCGCACACGGAAAACCUUGUCCUACUUUUUCCUUUAAACGUGCCGUAUAGUUGUAUGGGGCGUGUAUGUAUGCGUGUGUGUGAGUGCGUGACGCAAUCUUCCGGAUGAGAUUUUAUCCUCUCCCUUUUACGCCUCGCGAAAUAAUUGCAUGCAGUGCUCCCUGUGUAAUUGCCGUGGUCAUGUUGUCUUGAUCGCGCCUGUUUAGCGGGUUUGCAACUCCGAGCAGUGAUACACAUAAUCGUAUACGCGUAUUAACGUGAAGGCACAUGAGAGCCUAAGAGGAGAGUUUGAUCUGUGAUCUGGCCUCGAGUUCCUCCUGUCGAGAACGUCAAGAUGCCAAUAAUGUUUCAGUCAUACAUGGCGCGUCAGGAUGGCAGAGAUGCCGCGGAUCAAAACUUCGAUUACAUGUUCAAGUUGCUGAUAAUCGGCAACUCGUCCGUUGGGAAGACCUCUUUCCUUUUUCGUUACGCGGAUGAUUCCUUCACUUCGGCUUUCGUGUCAACCGUAGGGAUUGAUUUUAAGGUGAAGACGGUCUUCAGACACGACAAAAGGGUCAAGUUACAAAUCUGGGACACGGCAGGUCAGGAAAGAUACAGAACGAUUACGACGGCCUAUUACAGAGGCGCAAUGGGUUUCAUCUUAAUGUACGACAUCACAAACGAGGAGUCCUUUAAUUCAGUUCAGGAUUGGGUCACACAAAUAAAGAACUAUUCGUGGGACAAUGCCCAAGUAAUUCUCGUAGGCAACAAAUGCGAUAUGGAAGAGGAGAGGGUGAUCAGUACCGAAAGGGGUAAACAGUUGGCGGAUCAAUUAGGAGUACGAUUCUUCGAGACAUCGGCCAAAGAAAACAUCAACGUCAAGGCGGUGUUCGAGACGCUGGUGGACAUAAUAUGCGACAAGAUGAGCGAAUCUCUCGACAAUGAUCCAACCCUGAUGGGUGCGGGCGGUGUGGGCCAGACCAAGGGCCAACGACUCACCGAUCAGCCGACCAAUCCAGCGAACGCUAACUGUAAUUGCUAAAAAAAUGCGACACGCAGAGGGGGAGGAGAAAAACGAGAGAUCGAAUAUUUUGUGCAUGUGUCUGCGCGCAUGUGUGCACGUGUGUGUUACGUGUGUUAGAAAAAAGGCAGAAUGAAGAAGAGAGAGAGAUAGAGAAAGAGAGUAGAAGGAGGAAGAGGAGGAAGUGUCGUGUGUGACGCUGGUGUGUUAACUAGUCCAUUUACUUCGUCGUUCCCUCUCGUCAUGUUAUUUAUUUCAAAAUUUGCCUUUUAUUCUCAGCCGGUUCCUUUCGCCUUUUCUUGGCGCGAGAUGAUAUAUAUGAAUAAUGUACGCUAUAAAUAUAUAAAUAUAUAAAUAUAUAUAUAUAAUGAUUGUGAUCAUCGAGGUACGACCGAGUUAGUCAACGACCGGUCAAAUCAACGGUCGUGGUUUUCUUUUCGGGUUCAUCCGUUUGACAAGAGCCAGAGAUGAAUUCGACGUAAUCUCCGAAAGUUCAAAUUUCCACGUUGUGGAUACGCGAAAAUAUAUCAAUUGUCGAGUUUUCAUUGCCAGAAAUAAACGUCAAUUGUAAUGAGAAUAAAUUCAUUCUUUUAUAAAGAUUAAUCAAGCUUAAUUGUUUAGAGACUUAAUCAAUUCUUUAUUUCCUUCCGGGAAACCAAAGGAAACAAAAGAUUCUAUUGAGUCGCGUUAAUCUCAUCUGGACAAAAACGACUUUAAAUCAAUAAAAAAAGCAAGUUUCACAAAAAUAAUUUUAUUUUAAUCAUAAUCGUUCACAGUACUUUUUUAUUGACAAAAACAUCAUGAAUUUCAUAUUAUGCCGAAAUAAUAAUUUCUUUUACUGAUUAUUUUUGAUCAAUGGCAUGCAUAAAGAUUAUUCUCACGUGUCUGUGGCGUCGAGAUUUGAAACCAAAGAAAAUGAUGCGUGUUUUGAUUUCUGUUAAUGAGAAAAAGACAAGAUAGCAAACCGCGAGGGGAAGAAAUUGAACGAAGGUGCAUUUUGUUUUGCGGUUAAUAAUGAUUAAUGACGACGAUCGUUACAGCAGGGACGAUGUUGCUCAUUCGAUGUUUGGCAGUGUAGACACUCGCAAAAUUGAGUGACUUCAUGUCUCAAGUCCACAAGGAUUAAGUAGGAUACACCCAGAACAAUCUGACAAUAAGCGUCAAUCACUCGACAAAGCUCCACGAAUUCAGAAUGUCGCUCAAUCAGAGACGUAACAAGGUCGAAUUAACCCUUUAGUUCCUCUAAUUUGACAAGAGCAACGCAGAUAAUAUAAAGUUCGCGUUUUAAUGUCGCUCCGAAGCUGCGAUUGUAAGCUAUUUAGAGAAAGGUAUAUUAUUCAAAAGAGUAUUUAUAUUUAAAUAUUGUCAAAUACAUUUAAUAUUUAAUAUUUAGAUAUCAUGUAACAAUUAGUGGCAUUAUUGCAGCAAUAAAAGCGACGAACGUAAGUAUGUUUAAAACGUUCACGAAAACCAGAGGAGUUGAAGGGUUAAGCGCGGAAGAGCGAUACGAUAUAUGCCCAGCACGAUUUGGUAUACGUUGACAUACAUUGUAAUUAAAACGGCGAAUUAAAUAAGUCUGACGAUAUAAUCGGAUACUAUAAACUGAAAAAUUGUUCAACUUUGAAAAUAAGAGUAUGAAAAAUAUUUCAGCAACAUGCGCUUUUAAGAAAUUUUAAAUAAGUAACGUACCUGUUUCCAAAGUUAAAACAUUUUAUUUUAUUUUUUGAAGCAAAAAAAAAGUCGUUACCAAUUUUGUUUAGUACACCCGAAAUGUUUUAUUUCAAUCAAUAGUGUUCGAUUAUUCAUGCGCAAUCGAUGAUUCACUGACGUAUGCUUGACGUAUGACUUUCGUAAUUUAAAUAUAAAUUGUCACGAUGAUGAUAGCGCAAUCAUAUGCACCAUUUAUUUUCAUUCACGAAAAUACGAGCACAUAAAGCUAUUCGGAUGCUAAAUUGGGGAUGUUUUAACGUCUUAAAACAACUGCCAGUUGAGUCGUCUCUUGAAUAAUUCCUUGUUUUAUUACAAAUCAUCAUUGGCGAUGUUUAAGUAAUAUCCGUUAACGACAUUGUCGUUUUAACGUCUUGUUCAGAUUAAUUAUAAAAUUAAAUGUCGACACUGUUACUCGUGAGAGUAUCUGACUGCGCUGUCAAUACUUAUAAUUGUAUCUUUGUUUCGUUCUCAACUCAUAUAAAUUCAUUCACACGUCUUGUUCAGUACGGAAACUGAUACUUCUAGAUACAGAGGCAAAUUGAGGGACAAACUGUAUAGCAAAAGAAACUCAAUUUCUGUAGUUUUCGCUGUGCGUAAUUAAUUAUCCGCACGGUUAUCCAUCAAGCGACUCCCGGAACGAAGAGAUCGCGAGCGGGGGAGAAUAUUGUCUUUGGCGUGAAAUGUUAGAUUCCUGAAUUUUUCGAGACACUGUCAACGCGGUAUCGCGUAAACGUUCAAAAGCUAUCAAAGUUAGCCAGUUCAAAUUGUAUCGACCCUGUAACUGCACAUACACAUACUCUCUCCGCGAAAUUAUUUAGGAUAUUGGAAGCAUUAACGAACAUUAUUACCGGGAUCGACGAAGGCCGAGAUUACCACAGGGUCGGAUGUAAAUUCUUAAUUAUAUUGUAAAUCAUUCAGAGAAACCAGCAGCAUCGAUCUGGCGUCAAUUAUCGAGGAGUGCCGGCGUCCCGCUUUACUUGAGUCGUCAUCCGGCGUUAAACCUACUUAUUAGGUAAGCUGCCCUCUGUACAUAAGUGAGAUAAUAAAAACAAAAAGGUAUCUAUCAUGUAUCAUUGAAUCUGUAAUGAGAUGUAACGUAUGCGUUAAUUUAGCCGCGCGGAUCCUCUCGCGGGUAUCUCCUCGGGGGGAGAGAGAGAGAGAGAGAGAGAGAGAGAGAGAGAGAGAGAGAGAGAGAGAGAGAGAGAAGAGAAAGAGAGAGAGAAACGCGGCCCGCGACACCGCGAGUGCACCGAUCGAUGCGCAAUUAAUCGAUCGCGAAUUAGCGAACCGUCGACAACGAAUGCGUCCUCGUGCAACCGAGGAACUGAGAAUGAGAAAGAGAGGAAAGCAACGUGUGUGUGUGUAUGUGUGUGUAAAAAAAAAAAGGACGCGUGUUCGAAAAGACGCGCGGCUGUCAAGCAGACGCUGCGAGCGGUGUAAUUUCGACGAGUUCGAUUUUUGCUAUAGAUACGGAAAGGUCUUACGCCAAUUAUCGCGUUAUUCCAUUUACUAAAUAAACAGAGAUCGUUCCUACGUCUAUUUUUGUCUACGGUACACUGGAAAAUUGGAACUCGUUGAAAUUACACGGGAUAUCAAUCUUGGUUCUUUGUUUUUUUUAUCGGGUCCCUCUCUUUUCUCUAUACUUUCUCCACUUCAAAUGCAAAAAAAGGAAAAGAGAGAAGCGAAAGUAAGAAUAUGAAAAAGAGAACAAUAAUUUUUUGACAAUCCAUGGUACGAAUUUUGUGCUCUUUUGUGAAAGAAUGUUGAAUGAAUUUUUAACGUGCAAUGUAUCUAAUUUGUAGCGCCGCAAAUAUAUAUCACAAUCAACAUGAAUACACUUAUGAAACAAAACAUCGAUUUCGACAAGUCAGAUUGUAACAAUUGUGAAAAUAUUUCAUAUUCCUACUUUCUCUUUUCCUUAUGUAUAUAUAUUUUUGGCGAGAGAAUAGGAAGAGGAGGAAAAUGCAAGUGUCGUAGAAAGCGCAGGUAAAGUGAACCGACCUAUCGAUGUAACCCAAAUGCUAAUCAAUAAAGAGGCAAGAUUUUUUUUUCCGGCUGUCGCGGGCAUCUGUAUGUAUGUACCGUACGGUGUGUAAACUGUACUAUAUAUAUACGCCUAAUAUUAAUAACACUACGUUAAUGGGAAAAAAAAAAAAA